AUGGCCCGGCCAUCUGCGAUGUUGGCGGCUGCCAAUAGUUCACGAGCCGCGACACAUAUGCGGUGGCCUUCGGGACUUUCUAGCAGUGCGAACCAGAAGCGAUGGAUCUCGGGAACCGUUGCCCUCUUCAGGCCAGCGGCGCCGGCGCGGAGCAGCGAAACGACGACCGACUCGGGUUCACAAGAGAGCAAGCCCCUCAUGACACACUACGAAUUCUUCCCCAUCACACUACCUGACGGCCCGCCGCCUAAGGGUCAUUUCCCCAUCGACCAGCGCGCCCUCCGCCGCGAGUUCCUCCGGCUGCAGGCCAAGGCGCACCCAGAUAUGCAUCCAGCGGAGCUCAAGGCGCGGGCGGAGGCGACGUCGGCGCGCAUCAACGAGGCGUACAAGACACUAUCGAACCCACUGCUGCGCGCGCAGUACCUGCUCUCACUGCGCGGCGUCGAUGUGGCUAACGACGAGACGCUCAAGGUCGAAGACCCGGAUCUGCUGAUGAUUGUGCUCGAGGCGCGCGAAGAGAUUGAGGAGGCAGCAAGCGAGGGCGAGCUCGAAGGCCAGCGCGCGGCCAAUGACGAGCGCAUACGCGAGAGCGAGGAGGUGCUUGAGGAGGCCUUCCGGCACGACGACAUCGAGACGGCGAAGCGCGAGGCCGUAAAGCUCCGGUACUGGGUCAAUAUUCAGGAAAGCUUGAACAACUGGGAAGCCGGGAAGCCGAUUGUUCUGCAACACUGA